AUGGGGCCUCCAAAAAAGAUUAAAAAGUUGAAAAAAACAAAAAAAAUUAAAAAAUAUUCAAAGAAAUUAGAGGUUAAGAAUUCAGAAAUUAAUGAUGAUUAUGGAAAUCAAUCAGAUGUAUCAGUUGAAAUGGAUGAAUUAUUUGAGUCAAAUGAAAAUCCUGAAGUUUCCAAUAAUACUUCUCUAAAUAAUGAUGAUGAUGAUGAAUACGAUAAAGAAUCUGACGCUUCCCUAGAAAGUAUCUCUAAUGCACAAAGUCAUUUAGAUGAGUUAAAGAAGUUGUCAGAGAAUGAUCCAACAUUUUUAAAAUUCUUACAAGAACAAGAUCCAGAUCUUUUAGAUUUCAAGGAUGACAAUGAAGAUGAGGAUAUGAUAGAUGAAGAAAUGGAGGCAGAUGAGGAAUCUUUGAUAUUAUUAUAUGGUGACAAAACAUACAUUGUCAAAUAUAAUGGAGAAAAGAAGAAAAUUGUUGAUAGUAAUGUUAUUAAAUAUUUAAAAUACAAUUUAUUAGAAACGGAAGCUUCAAAAGACAACUUAAUUAAGGCUACUAAAAUUUUAGUUUCUUGUUUUGAUGCUGUUACAUAUAUGAUAGGACGUAAGAAAAAAAGAGACAUAGAUUGGGUUAUAAAUGACAACAAUGUUUUUAAAGAUAUCUUGUCAUUAUGUUUUAGUAACAUUGUUCCUACACUUUACAAAAUUUUACAACCAGUAUCUGAAGAGAAAGCUUUAGAGUUGAGAAAAAAACAAAAUAUGAAAAGAGCUAUGGAUGGUAUUACUUACUUUAAAAAAUGGAAAAAAUAUGGAUCAUUAUGUAGAAGAUACAUUGAAGCAAUUGGAAUUUUAAUUAAUCAAAUAACUGAAGAUGGAUCAAAGAAACGUAUAUUAAGACAUAUUUUAGAUUUAGUUGAUCUUCAUAUUCACUUUGGUGGGUUAUCAAAAAAAAUGGUCAAAGUUCUUAGUCGUUUAUGGUGUACUGCUAAUGAAGAUAAUCGUAUACUAGCUUUCACAAUUUUGUUUAAAAUGUGUCGUUUAGACAAAUCACUAUAUCCAUUAAUUUUGAAAACUUGUUAUAUGACAUUUGUUACUUUCUCAGGAUAUACUUGUAGUCAAAAUCUUAAGUCAUUUUGUUUUAUGCAAUGUUCCUUUGCUGAAAUGCAGGCUGCAGUAUUUCUAAGGAAUGCAAUAAAAUCAAAAUCAAAUGAUAAUAUGAAAAAUGUUACAAAAUGGCAAUUUAUUCAAGGUUUAUAUUUGUGGAAUGAAGUUAUAAUAGCUGCUUGUAAAAUGGCAUCAAAAGUACCUGGUAAUCAUCCAGUUCAUGGUAUUGCUGAACAAAGAUUUGCCUUUAUUCAAAUAGUUAUUGGGUUAUAUACUCAUACACAAAAUCAACGUUAUUUAUUGUUAAGAAUUCAUUGUCUUCGUAUUUUGAUAAAACUUCAGACAUCUACAGAUGUAUACAUUCCACUAUUAGGUUUAAGUAUGGAAGCUGUAAAAGACUUGAUGUUGAUAGAUGAGCGUACACCUGUUAAAAAAGAUGUCAUAGUUAAUGAUGAUGUUGUUGAUGUGAAUUUAAAAAUUAAUAACGAUUUAAUUGGAUGUUUAGAAUUUAGAAAAGUUGUUGGAGAUGAACUUUUGAAGGUACUCAAUAGUAUUGUUGAUUCUAUUGAAGAUGACAAAGUUUUUGAUGCCUGUGCUGCACCAGUUGCUAAAAGAAUGAGGUACAUAUUAAAGAAUUGUAAAAAUAAGGCACAUCUUUCUAUGUUUAAAAAUUUUGUAAACAAAUUAGAAACAAGAAGAUCAGAAAAGUCUUAA